UUAUUUGCUCUUAGAUACUGGAUAAAUGCACAAAACCAGCUCACUUCUUCCCCAUUCGAAACAUCGUCGUGCAGCCCCUCCUUUAGCCAGUGCACCGCCGACUCUCGUAUAGUACGACGUGCGUUGCCGACCUUUUCAUUCUCAAUCUUCCACUUCUCGUUUUUCCCUCGAUUCGACUUCCAUUCUCGUAGUCCCAUUCCGAUGGUACGGUCGUCGAUGACAGUCGCGGUUUAGAGUACGACGCCGCCACCACACAUCGUGCGAUCUGUCUAACUAAACCCCCGGGUGUUUUACGGAACCCUUGUGCGCGUCGUGACUUUUCGACCGUGCAACUUGUCGUGGUUCUCGCCCCCAAGGAUUUUGCUGUAACGAAGAAGUUAAAGAACAACAUUUCGGUGCUCGUUUAACCUAGAUCGAUUCGAUGGCUCUCUUCACAUCCCAGAAGCCCGUUUGAAUAAUUCAACAGGAGAGAUUCUACUUUUACCAUAAUUCCGGAUGAUAUUCGAAGAGGAAGAUUCUCGUGGAAGAAAAUGACGUCUGUGAUAUGCCAAAAUUUCGUGCAGAAUGCUUGGAAAAAAGAACUAUGUUCCAAUUGUUUCAAGUCCAGGAACGAACAUCAGGAACGCACCACUUUCAAACCACUGCCACUGUUUUCAAGAAGGAUCGAAGGGAUUAUCAAGAGCGGGAAGAAGACGAAGCACAGAUCUGUCCGUUUCCCGAACCAACUAUCGGAGGUGAUAGGUUACGGAGGUGAAGACUGGUACUCGGAAGGUGAAGAAGAAACCGUCGACUCGAACGACGACGAUUUCGAUGACGAUUCCUCGGACGACUCAGACGAGGUGGACACAGAGCUGCGAAAAAUCACUAAAGCUAACACCGACUACAACACCACCAGCCUCAUGGAAGACGCGGACACGAAAAAAUCCUUUGCCUCCUUGAUGUUGGGUAAACCACUCGUGGAUUCGGAAGGCAAGAAAAAAACGCUGUUGGUCAGUGUUAAACCCUUCGGGGAAGACUCUAACCCGCCCAAGAAGAUCUCAAAAAGCAUGGCGCACAUUCCGAUAUCGAAAAACAAGAAAGAAAGCGUCACAGAAACGAACACCACCGUGAUAUUGAAAUCUUAUACGAAAAACGAAGACUUGCAGAAGCAGGAGAAGUCUUUGUUGGACGAAAUAACCGAAACGUUGGAGAACUCUAGGAAGGAAUCGGUGCAGAUAAUAUCGCGCAAAAAAGUGGAGCAAGAAAUCAUACCUAGGAAAGAAACGAACAAGGAAAACAUAAUAGAGAACGAGAAUGUUAAAAAAGAGGAUUUGCAAAAAUCGGACAAGAAGGUAACGCUUUCUAGAAGUCCUGCCCUGAAGAGGGAACACGCUUUGUUGUACCAAACUUCUACGGCCAAAAUAGAAUUGAUGAACGGAAUAAAUUCCAAAGCGAAGAAAGAUAAGGAGAACAAAGAUGCGAAAAAGACUGAACAAUCCCUGGAUAACAGCGAGAAAGAACAAAAUGUUGACGAAGAUAUCGUGAAGAAUGAAACUACGAUUAAGAACGAAAUUAAGGAUAACGGUUGGUACACAACGGAAGAGAAGACUAGCGACGAAGAUAAGAGUGGUACCUCAACCGACUCCAGCCUAACAUCAACCAGCGACUUCGAGAAUGCACCUUCUCAAUCUCGAGAACAAGCAGGCGAACCUGACGGCAGGGCCGAUCCAGACAACCCCGAACCUCCGGCCCUACCUUUAACCCCGCCCCCUGUCCUCGAGACCCAAUCGUCGUUCCUGCAUUCUUCCAACGUUGCCAUUCCUCAGAAACCCAAGAUAGCCUCCAAACCCAGCACGGUGCUGAUCAGGAAACCCGUGGUUACGCUCCAUCUUGAAGCCAAGAGCCAGGUAUUGACCACGUUCUCGACAGAGCCACAGGCCAGGGAGGCGCACAAGGAGUUGACCAAGCAGAACUCGGACACGUCCGACGUUGCCGCGCAUAUUUCUAACAAGCGGAGAGCGCCCAAUCCUCCGGAAGAGAACGGUCUGUUCCUGAGGAAGCCCCUGAACUCGAUCAACGGAGAGUGUCCGGUGGUGAGAGAGAAGGAGAAGAGGGAGAGAGCUUCCUCUUGCCCGAAAUUGCCGCAGAUCGUCGGGGCCAGCCCGAAACUGGACGUGGAUAUGAUUCCAGAACCUGCUCCUAGGAGAAUUUUGUCAAUAUCUACCGAUAGCUUGGCCAAUAUGGACGAUAGCAAGAGGAAGGAGAAGACCAAAGGGAAGUUCUCGCUGAAGAAAUUCUUGAGGAUGGGUUCGACCAAGGAUCUCACCAAGCUUCCUGUGGAGACUUGUCGAUUUGACGAGUUGGACGUUGCUCCUACUCCAAAACCCAGGUUGGUCAUAGUGCAUCCUUCUGAAUUGAAUGGUGCCAAAGUUGAAGUGGUUGCUAAAUCCCUCAGUGGUACAAACCAGAAUGAUUCUUCCAACAGGGUCCAGAAUGACUAUGAAAACAUCACUAUCAAAUCAUCCAAACCGCCACCACCUCCUAGGCAUGUAGAAGACAGUCAAAAACCACCUCAUACGCCACCGCCAAAAUCGGCAGAUAUACUAAAUUUGCAGAAACAGGUAUCUAGAAACAAUUCCCUGAUCAAGAAGGAAGAAACGGUCUACGCCAAUAUAGGCGAAGUGAGGUCCUCUAUCGUCCCAAACAAGCCAGUCAGGACUGCCAGCAUGAGAGAACGGGAGGCCCAACAACAGAUCAAGCAGAAGGAGAGGGAACUGAACGGUUACAGUGCGGCAACGUUGCCGGCGAAAGGCAACAGCGAGAACGUGUACGAGUAUCUUAACGGCGGAAGAUCUAGCUCUCCAGAGUCAGAUUCGAACAGGGAGAAGCAUAGCCCUACAGCGAAACCGGGCAAGCUUAACAAGAGGUCCGAGAGUAGCGUCGACGUCUCUGGAGAUUAUUUCAAAUACAACAACAUACCUAGAUCGAUGUCGCUUACAUACUGUGGAAGCGAGACCGAGUCUGAAAUUUACUCCCCAUACGGAUUUUACGGCAGUGAAACGGAGGUCUAUCCUACUAUGGUAGAUGGUACAGGUUUGUUCUAUGGAUGCCUGAUGGACAUAGAUACCUGGCGGCAACCAAAUUGGACAUCCUUUAGAUAUAAGAUUACAGAAGACGACCACGAAUGGAUACAGAAUGGCAAGACGCACAAACUGAGAUCCAGAAAAGGUCGUAGUAUUGUCCACAAGAACCUGGAGGACAACUAUGGUGCUGUGAUAGUAGCUAACCACGAAGCUCUUGCCCAAGUAUUGGAAAAUAUUCAGCAAACUGUACAUAUACCAACCGCACUGAGAGGUCUGAAGACCACUUCGAAUCUCAGAUGGAGCGAUUUCUCAAUCAAAAACUCCAAUCCGUUGUUUUUGGGCAGGAGAACGUUCCUGCAGGCUUUGUGGGGCACACACCAUGUUACUCUGGCCAUCAAUCGAGGUUUAGUACCCUCUUGCACCUUGUCCUUGGGUACUUUCAACUUGAACCCUGUUACGGAGUUUAACGAUCUGGUCCCAGUCAAGUUUCUGGGAGAAAAUGAGCAGGAUGAAUCGAAGCAAGUUCAAGGUACCAUAACUGUGCUUCCUUGGAUGCAAGUGAAUACGAUCCACAGUUUUUCGAAUAUAGCAAAAACAAAGACGCCAAAUGAAGAUCCAUGUAAAGAAAAUAUAUUCAUUAUGCUGCAAUUGGUGAACGCCCUUAAGAACUUGCAGGCACAAGGUAUAGAGGAAUUACCUGUGUCGUUGAGUUCCUUCUUAUUAUGCAAGGACAUGGAGAAAGACGUUUAUCAGAAGCUGUUUGUUCUUCAAGGGCUCACUGAAGAACUGUCAAACAAAAAUGAGAAGUUUGGAACGCUGUGUAUGUGUGCCUCUAAGGCUUUACAACUGUUACAACCCAUGUUAAAAACAACUUCUUUGAUCCAGUCCUUGUUGAGCAACGAAAGAGCUACUUCGCUCACUCAGGUAAAAUCCGUGUUGGAAUUUUCCCUAUGGGGUCCUUCAGACGUAGCUCUAGGAAGUACGAUAAGAGAACGAGAGUUAGCUUUGCAACGUUGGCUAGAUCUUCAGCGGGCCACAGUUUUACAUGGACUCGUCUGUACAAGAGUACAGUUAACAGUUUACGAGGAGUACCAUUUACUUUUCUUAGUUCGAAGUAACGCCAGAAUGAUGUGCGAUGCUUCGUUACUUUUGGAAUCUAGCAAUAUGAAACAGACCGUGACUAACGGAACUAAAUAAUUUUAAGCAUAGUUAUUUUAAUUGUUGAAAAGUUGGUGAUUUGUUGAGUUAUUUUGUUUCCGUUGAAUUUUGAUGGGUGUUUAAAAAUUUUUGUGUGUUAGGAAUUUUUGAACACUCAUAUUCGGUAUGUGAUUGAAUAAUUUAUAUUCGGUUUAUCACAUGGAAGAAUUUAAUUAAACUACAAGUUUAUAUGAUAUUUUACUUGAAUAUUUAUUCUAAAUUAUUUUUUACCUCUAAAUGUUUUUCUCGAAAUGCAUUAUCUUUUGUAUGUAGUAUCUAUUAUUAUUGUAUAAUUUGUAUAUUCGUAUCUUAGUUGUAUAUAGAAAACGUGCCUUGUUAAGUAUUUUUCUAAUAUGAAUAUAUUGAUUUAUCUGAGAGAAUUAUAGAAAAUAAAAGUAUUCUAUCACUGA